AUGGACGCUGAACAACAAUUGGGCUACUCGCCAGCUCUCAAGACCUCCAAAUUCGGUCUCUCCAACACCAUGAAGAAUCACUUGGUUGCUGCCUCUGGAGAAUUCAUCGGUACCUUCAUCUUCCUGUGGGUCGCAUACAUGAUAGCUCAGAUUGCCAACCAGGACGAGUUCUACUCCUCUGAGGGCUCUAAUCCAGCCAAGCUCAUCAUGAUCUCCUUCGGUUUCGGUUUCGGUGUCAUGGUUGCCAUCUUCCUCACCUGUAGAGUUUCUGGUGGUAACCUCAACCCUGCCGUCACCCUGUCCCUGGUGCUUGCUAGAGCCAUUUCCCCGGUCCGUGGUCUGAUCAUGGUGUUGUCCCAGAUGGUGGCCGGCAUGGCCGCUGCUGGAGCUGCCUCUGCCAUGACUCCUGGCCCUGUGGCUUUCGCUAACGGUCUUGGCGGAGGAUGCUCCAAGAGCAGAGGUCUCUUUAUUGAGAUGUUCGGCACCACGUUGUUGUGUAUCACCGUCUUGAUGACUGCUGUGGAGCAAUCGAACCUUUCGGACUACGCUCCGGUGUGCAUUGGUCUGUCGCUGUUCCUGGGUCACUUGAUUUGCGUCUACUACACCGGUGCCGGUCUGAACCCGGCCAGAAGCUUUGGUCCAUGUAUCGCUUCCAGAUCCUUCCCUGUGUACCACUGGAUCUAUUGGGUGGGCCCAAUUCUCGGUGCUGUUCUUGCCUUCUCCAUUUGGCAAUUUUGGAAAUUGCUCGACUACGAGACCUGCGUUGCUGAGGAGGAAGAUUAG